AUGAACGGUUCUAGCAGUUAUGUGGGAACUCUGAAAGCUUGUGUCGGAGGUGGCGCACCACUUAAAACCUCUAGUGGAAGUGGCGCACCACUGAAAAUCUCUGGUAAUAGUGGCGCACCACUAAAAACCUCUAGUGGUAGUGGCGCACCACUGAAACCCAACAGUGCUACACUUAGUGGUGCUCAGUGUACUAGGACUCUCAGGCUCAACGGGCUCACGGUGACCGCGACGCUACCGCCAAAGUCAUCUCCGGCUUCCGACCCAACCGAUGACACUUAUGAUCUACCGGACGGUUCUUGCUUCAGAAGAACUCUCCACAAACCGGGGACAGCCCUGAGGAAAAACCUUAACCCUAGGACAGCGGCCAUCAGGCCAGCCAAGUACAUGGGGUCAAUACCAGUGGCAGGCCCAGAUCAGAGCAAGAGAGCGGACUUUGUGAGAUCAAAGCUGGAGAGACUAAGGGGCUGUUCCAAAUCAAAACCUGUUCUACUCGUGAUAUCCCUGACUGGAAUCAAAGUAUGCAGCCCAGAUGGCAAGAGUGUUUAUAUGGCUCACGCGCUGAGACGCAUCUCCUACGCCACCUGUGAUCCCACUCACUGCCAGUUCAGCUUCCUCGCCAGAGAACCAAAAGGACAUUGUAGUCUUCAGUACUGCCACGCCUUCGUUACCAAAACUGCUGAACAGAGUGUUUAUAUGGCUCACGCGCUGAGACGCAUCUCCUACGCCACCUGUGAUCCCACUCACUGCCAGUUCAGCUUCCUCGCCAGAGAACCAAAAGGACAUUGUAGUCUUCAGUACUGCCACGCCUUCGUUACCAAAACUGCUGAACAGGCGGAGGAGCUCAACAGCAUCGUAGGCAAUGCAUUCCGAAUGGCUUACGCAGCUCAGCUACAACGAGCUCCUACCUUUCACGACGUGAUUGCCUCCCAGCUGCAAGACAGCCAGAGAAUCACCUGGCCCAAGCAAAUCCCAGGAACCGUUAGUGACAACAUGGACACCAUGAAUGUCAACUCCGGUUCACCUCCGACCCUAGUUCUCCACAAGACUCCCCCCUCCAGCAUACCAGGGCUGAGGACAUACCACACACAUACGCACACACACACGCACACGCACAGCGACUCUACGCACAGCACGCCAAGCAGUGAGGAGAGUAACUCUCCCACGGAACUCAACAGCUACAAGAGGUUAGCAGACAAGCCUCCAUUGAUCAAGAGGCUAGCAAUGGGUCUGACGGGGACCACACCACCCGAGGAGGACGGGUUCCCUCUGGUGGACCCGGUGCACCCAGACCCCCAACCACCCACGGGAAAACUGCUGGAGUUUGAGAACAACAGAUUAUCCCAAAGUUCUCCAAGCAGUUCAGACACAGAUCUGAAGACCAAGCGGAUAUCCCAGAUCAGCAGUAGCAGCAGUUCAGUCUCAGGUACGGGGACUGCGUUGACUGAUAGCUCCACCCCCCCUCCUCCCCUACCACCAGAGAGGACGGACUCUCUCAAGCCUGAGGAAGGGGAACUGCGAGCAGCUCCUUGGUUCCAGGCUGGCAUUCCUAGAGAGAUCACUCUGGAAGUGCUAGGCCAGGAGCCGGUGGGUGCCUUUAUGGUCAGGGAGAGUACAAGCAAACCUGGCUGUUUCGCUCUCUCGCUGAGAGUGCCUCGAGAAUUCCAGCCACUAGGAAUUGCUCAUUACCUCAUCCUAAGGACAAGUAAAGGCUAUAAAAUCAAGGGGUUCACUAAAGAGUUCAGCACGCUGACUGCGCUCAUCACCCACCACUCUGUGAUGCCCGAGCUCCUCCCUUGUCCUCUGUCUCUCAACAGGUACAACCCUAGCUUUGUCAAGUCAGACUCCAACAAAGACUUUGCAGACAUCGACUCAGACCCUGACUACAACACACUAGCAGACUUUCGUAAAAUGAUGGCCGACCUAAACGUCUAGUGGACUUACCAAACAUCGAUGUGAUCAAGGACAACCAAGCUGAAUGUUAAAUUUUGGAAAUUUUUUGGCAGGUUGUUAAAAUGGAUUUGUUGUCGUGAUUUGGACAAGAUUUGUUCAAAUGGAAGAUUUUUAAAGAUCAUUUCAUAACAGAUGUUUUUAGUUAAUUUAUAAAUCAAUAAGCUAAAAGUAUUAUAAAUUAUAAUUACAACAUAAACAUACAACAUAAAAUACAACAUAAGUAUUUAACAAAAUUGAAAUAUUUACUAAGUACAGCAGUCUCCUUCUGGACAGAUAUAUUUUGCACGGACAUCAUCAGUUGAUUCAGACAUGCUUCUCUUGCAAAUUACUCUCACAUAAUGCACACUAAUUACUAUUCCAUAUCAAACGAACAAGUUACAACUGUUCGUCUU